CCGAGUAUUAGCUGGCCGCUGAUGUGGAGGAAGUAACGGUGUGUGGCUGUUAGCUGUGGCCGGGAAGUGGAGAGAGGAUUCUGCAUCCUCCGGAGGAGCUCAUCGUUUUAUCUGCGAGCAUCGCUGCGUGAAAACGCGUUUGUUUGUUUUUUUUCCUUAAUUCCAGCUUUUGUUUAAACAACGCAGGGAAGCUAGCGCCAGGCUAACCAGGCUAGCUUUAGCUUUAGCUAGCAGUGGACGCUCAGCUGCAGACACUCGGCAGGUUUGUGGGAAGAGAAGAAGAAGAAGACGCAGGUUUCUGGGGUUCGAACAACGAUGUGUCGAUCAGAUAAGUGCCUGGAUGUCGUCUGAAGUUUAACACUCGACCAUAUUGACUUAGUUGAGCUGCUCCAAAGGUUUUUACAGUCGACUUGAGAUGAUGAUGAGCUAAAUUGAUGCUUGGACUGAAACAGAUCUAACAACUGCAGAGAUGAGUCAACUCUGGCAGCGAGACAUACCCCUGUCAGAGAGGUUGGGGAAUGAGUCUCCAGUUGGCCUCGCCCCUGGGUUGCCCGCCACUGUGGCCCCACAAGGAUCCAACUCCUCUUUGGUACCAGAGGCCCCAGUCGCCACACCAGAUCAGCCAUUUUUCCUCAUGACCUCCACUGCCCAGACUAUAUCAGGCUUUUUUGUUUGGACGGCUCUUCUAAUCACAUGUCACCAGAUCUACAUGCAUCUUCGUUACUACAGCUCUCCUAAUGAACAGAGGCACAUCGUUAGGAUCCUCUUCAUAGUCCCCAUCUAUGCCUUCGACUCCUGGCUCAGCCUUCUUUUCUUCACCAACGAGGAGUAUUACGUUUACUUUGACACAGUCCGAGACUGCUACGAAGCCUUUGUCAUCUACAACUUCCUGAGUCUGUGUUAUGAGUAUCUGGGAGGAGAGAGUGCCAUCAUGGCAGAGAUCAGAGGGAAACCUAUUGAGUCGAGUUGUAUGUAUGGGACCUGUUGCCUGUGGGGAAAGACCUACUCCAUCGGUUUCCUCAGGUUUUGCAAACAGGCAACUCUCCAGUUCUGUGUGGUGAAACCCCUGAUGGCAGUGAUCACUGUGAUUCUUCAAGCCUUUGACAAAUACAAAGAUGGAGACUUCAAUGUGGCUAGCGGCUACCUGUAUGUGACCAUCAUCUACAACAUCUCUGUCAGUCUGUCGCUCUACGCCCUCUUUCUCUUCUACUUUGCAACACGUGAACUUCUUGUCCCGUACAGCCCCGUACUCAAGUUCUUCAUGGUCAAGUCAGUCAUCUUUCUUUCCUUUUGGCAAGGCAUGCUGCUGGCCAUCCUGGAGAAGUGCGGAGCCAUCCCUCAGAUCAGCUCUGCGGACUUCUCAGUGGGCGAGGGAACAGUUGCUGCAGGUUACCAAAACUUCAUCAUCUGUAUCGAGAUGUUCUUUGCUGCUGUUGCUCUGCGCCAUGCCUUCACUUACAAAGUCUACAUGGAUAAAAGACUGGACUCAUAUGGCUCAUUUCCUAUCUAUGGACAGUACGGUCGCUGUGCCCCAAUGAAGAGCAUCUCCAGCAGCCUGAAAGAGACCAUGAAUCCAGGCGACAUGGUCCAGGAUGCCAUCCAUAACUUCUCUCCAGCUUAUCAGCAGUACACCCAGCAGUCCACGUUGGAGCGAAGUGGGGGGCCACCCCUCUCCCGCAGCCACAGUAACCUCAGCACCCGCGGGGAUAAUGAAAAGACUCUGCUGCUCAGCUCAGAUGACGAGUUCUAAGACUCAAACACACACACACACACACUCAGAAAUUCACUAUACUCAAAUCAGAUCUUUUGUUUCAACCAGAAUGUGGAAGAUUUGAUUCGGGUCUUUGUCUUUUCUUUAACACGUGUGGAGAGCAACAAAAGAUCCGAUUCAUGAUACACUUGUGAUUAGCAGACCGCAGGAGGGGAACGGGUGUUUUACAAGGAAUAAGAGGAAACAAGGGUAGAAAGAGAGUGUGAAGAGAGACGAGUGUGUCGUUAUAAAGUUAAGGAGGAGAGAGACGGGGAAUAUAUGUUAAUUUAUAAAGGCCUUCGCUGAUAGACAUACAAUAUCUCCAUUAAUCUGCUGACUAUGAAUUAGUACAAUUAACCAUGCCUGCUUAUGCUACACUUUAGACUCCACAACACGUCAAUAUAAGGUGUAUGCAAGGGAAAGUGCCAUCCUCAUCUGAAACACACAGCCUCCUCCUUUCUUUCGUUUUUAUACUGUUUCUUAAUGCAUACUCCUCCUCACACCUCUGCCAACUCUGCCUCUUACCGAAACAUUGCCAAAUGGGGGGAGCAGCCCCCUGCACUUUAGUCAAUGAGACACACUGUCUUAAGAUCUAGAAUUGAUUUAUAGUCCAGAAAACAAAGGAGCCUUUGAAUUGCUGUGCUUCGUUUUAAUAUAUAUAGCAAUUGAAACGCAAAUAUUUUUUUAUUUAAAUGCUGUAUGACCUUGAUGGUAAAACUCAUUUAAAGACGAAAACUGUUGUGUGUGUGUGUGUAUGUGUAUAUACACAUAAAUACAUACAUGUAUAUACAUACACAUUAUGUGUAUAUCUUGAUUUCUUGUGGGCUCAUGUGCACAAGUGAAUCCAAAUGGUAUUAUUAGUAUGACUGUGGCUGUUGGCCCAAUUUGGGCUCCACGCACAAUGUUAUUGUUUGUGGAGCACAGAGAGAACAGCUGUAGGAGAGAUUUGAGCGUGGGCAUAGGGACUGACGGAAGGACAACACCCACACAGAUUACUGAAGAAGCAACACUACAGAGCCCGCCCAGCUGUGAUGUGCUGGGGAUUAUAUUCCCUAAUUAAUGGCAUUAGAGGCCGCACAGAUCAGGCCUGCCACUGCUGGUGCUGCUUAUAAUGGCAUCCCUGAUAUAGCAGCAGGAAGUGAGUCAGGACAUUGGUCACUCCAGACAGACAAGGACAUGUAAAGGCAUUAAAUCUGAUUGAAGUCACAUUUUCAAUAAGAAUAUAUGGGCAUUAAAAGUUAGAAAAUGUAAAAUGACAGUUAGAAAAUAUAUGUUAAAGGGACACACGCUACAGAAGAAAACAUUAAUGCAUGGUGGAGUGAGUCAAACCUUUGGGCCUGUCUGACAUGCUCUUGUUUAUUUUUAUUUUGGGAAACAGAAUUGGAACAGUUAUUUCUGUUCCUAUCUUUUACUUAAAAGACGAUAGUAACUCUAUUUGAAUUGAUGGUUCGUGCUGUUAUCAACUGACGUUUAAUGUGUUUUAUCCGUGGCUGGUGUGGAAGAUGUUUGUGAGUGAGACUCCUUCAUGGCAGGACACAGUGGUGUAAAAGCUGACUAGAUUAUUUGGACAGGGGACAUAAGGCGUAAUGGUGACAUAAUGUACGUUGACGUUUUUUGUUUAUGUUGAAAGCAGAAUCCAAACAGAUUGACUCAGUAUUGACUGCAGGUAAACAUACAGUACAAUACAGUCCUCAUGAGUAAUGAAUGUAGUCAGAAAAUAAAACUAACAGCCAUGCUCAUCCUCAACAGUGCACAAUCAUUUACUUUUGAGAAAAUUGUAUUCAAUUCAAAUGUAAUUGUUUAAAUUGUGGAACCCAACACUAGUGGAAACAACAGUGAGUCUCUGGCUGUGACUGCUGAGCCAUAAUCUUCCAAAAACCUCCUAUACUCAAUAAUAAAUGCGUUCACUUUUUGCUGAGCCUGCAGUUAAAGACAAUGUCAGUUUAUUCUGUUUACUUAACAUUAACUUAAUGGUAUUGAAAAAGUGAAAUUCACUGCCUCAUGCUGUUACCUAGGGGCAAAGUAUGUCCAAUUUAAGCAUCUUUAUUCAAAACACUAUCAGAUGAUAGUUUUGUUACUAUGUGAUUUUAAAGCUGAAUAUAUUAAACCAGGAGUUUUAUUCCAGAAAGGAAAGAAUGUUGUAAAUAGAGUUUAAACUAGGCACUGGAAACAUUCAUGAUGACCGAGAUGACAUUGCCUGGUAAUGUGCUUUGUUUUCAUAUUUUAAAAUUUCAUAUAUUCUCUUUUAUUUCUCUUGUGUACUUUUUCAUUUGUAUAUUGGUAAAGUUUUCUUGUGUUUUGAUGCUAUAUCGCUUUCUGUUGGUGUUGACAAGGAAAUAAAAGACAAAUGGAA